UUUGCGGUAACAACGCUCAGAUACAACAUGCAGGUUUUGGUAAUUCUGUGUGCGCUAGUGGUAGCGGCAUGGGGACAGGGCUCAACGAGCACCAUCGUCGACUACCUGACUUCAAGCCGUUACAGUUACACCACACUUGUCAGCCUUCUGAAACAGGCCGGGCUCACUGAUACCCUCAAAGGAGCUGGUCCCUUCACCCUGUUCGCACCAAGCGACAGAGCCUUCCGUAACCUUGACGCCGGCGUCCUCGGCAGCCUCAAGAACGACACCGCCAAGCUUACAGAUGUACUGAAGUAUCAUGUCUUGAGCGGCAUCCACAACGCCGCCGACAUCACCAUCAAUGAACUUCUUCUGGAUUCUCUCCAGGGCUCCAAAAUCAGAAUGAACGAUUAUUUGUCAGUUGGCGGUCUGGCUGCUCAAGGACAACGUGUCUACCUCCCUGCCCACGUACUGAGCAAUGGUGUUGUAUACCAAUUGAAUGGAAUCAUGCAGCCGCCAUCGGGAAACGUUGUUGACAUCGUAACUAACGACGGAGAGCUUACCACCCUCCUGACAGCAGUCAAGAGCGCUGGCCUCGUCUCUUUCCUCCAAGAUCAGCACCCAAUCACCGUAUUUGCUCCUACUGACAAAGCCUUUGCUGACCUGGGAUCCGACGUCGUCCAAGCUCUCGUCACAAACCCAACUCUUCUUGCCAGUAUCCUCAAGUACCACGUGAUUCCUGGGUCUCUGUAUAAGUCUGGGUACCACUCUGCAUCUCUUCAUACCUUUGAGGAGGCCGACAGAAUCAGGCUCCACCGUUUCAUUUUCAGUUACGAGGUCGACGACGGUACCCUCGGUGCAGAGAUAAGUGCCACCAAUGGCGUUGUCCACAAGAUCGACAAAGUGCUGAUCCCAAGUUCCCUGGCAGACCAAGUCAAAGCGCUCACUUCCGGCACCACAACCUCCGCGUAAACUGUCAAUAAGAUACAUGUAGUUGUUGCUUAUUAAAGAAAUAUGCUGUAUGAAUGUG